AACAUAAACAUGGUGACGAGCACGCGGCGCUCUGCGAGUGCGGUAUCUCUGUUCGCAUAUCUUUAGUGCAUGACAGCUGGCGACACGUUGGCUGCUUUUGUAUAGUUUUAUGCAAAUGUGAACACAGUUUUGAGACACGAUGAAUAGGCUUGCAUAGUUGUUGACGUUCGACACGUCGACGCAUGCAUGCCACUGAGCCGGCUUUGCGUUAUUCCGAUUUGUUUCUUUCCACCGAAGGUACCGCACACUUCAUUUAGCUAUCUCACAGAAUUGUCAACCGAAAAUAGGACAAGCUAGUUCCGCGUUAGCUAAUCGGUUUUGCGGCGGUUGAAUUAUGAAUUACGCCGUCAAGUACUUCCAGAUACAUAGUCUUCGAAAGAUGAGGAUCGUAUUGUUUAGAAGAAAUCGCAUUCUCCAUGUAUUGAUAGGCGGCAUAUUGGUGCUGCUACUUUUGUACAUUCUUCUCAGUUUCUCGUCAGACAAUCAAAUAAAUAAUAUAAAAGAAUACUGGGCGCAGGGUCUUAGGAAAAAACAGGUACCAGUACUGGUAGAAGGUUUAGGCAAUUAUGAGCCACGCGACGUAUCACCCAGAACUGGUCCUGGUGAAGAAGGCAAACCACAUAUCCUGAGAGACGAUCAGCAAAAUGACAUACAACAAUCAGAAUCUGAUUAUGGUAUGAACAUGGUAUGUUCCGACGAGAUCUCGUUAUCGAGAUCAAUACCGGAUACUAGGCCAGCGGAAUGUAAGAACUGGGAUUAUCCGGAAGAAUUACCACGUACCAGCGUCAUCAUAGUUUUCCAUAACGAGGGUUGGUCUGUUUUGCUGAGAACUAUUCACAGUGUUAUAGAUCGCACUCCGUCGAAGUUCUUGGAGGAAAUUCUUCUUGUUGAUGAUUUUUCUGAUAAAGAAAAUUUGAAAGGUGAUUUAGACUCUUACAUUGAACAGUGGGGAGGGAAAGUUAGAUUACUUAGGAAUUACGAGAGACAAGGCUUGAUACGGACGCGUUCUCGAGGUGCGCGCGACGCCAAGGGUGAAGUAAUAGUAUUUUUGGAUGCACAUUGUGAAGUUAAUGUAAACUGGUUGCCUCCGCUGUUGGCACCGAUCGCUGAAAAUAGAAAUGUAAUGACAGUUCCUGUGAUAGACGGCAUUGAUCAUAAGAAUUUCGAAUAUCGCCCUGUGUAUCAGGAGGGACAUUUGUAUAGAGGAAUUUUCGAGUGGGGUAUGUUGUACAAAGAGAACGAGUUGCCAAGGCGCGAGGCCAAAACGCGCACGCAUGAUAGUAUGCCGUACAGAUCACCUACGCACGCCGGUGGCUUAUUCGCGAUUAAUCGAGAAUACUUUUUAUCGUUGGGUGGCUACGACGAAGGACUGCUAGUAUGGGGAGGAGAGAAUUUCGAAUUGUCCUUCAAGAUAUGGCAGUGCGGUGGGAGUAUCUUGUGGGUGCCGUGUUCGCACGUCGGGCACGUUUACCGUGGAUUCAUGCCUUACACGUUCGGUAAACUCGCUCAACAAAAGAAAGGACCAUUGAUAACUAUUAAUUACAAACGAGUUAUAGAAACGUGGUUCGACGAAAAAUACAAGGAAUUCUUUUACACGAGAGAGCCCCUGGCCCGAUUGCUCGAUCACGGCGACAUAACCGAGCAGUUGCUUUUCAAGGAACGAAAGAGAUGCAAGAGCUUCCAGUGGUACAUGGACAAUGUGGCGUACGAUGUGCUGGACAAAUUUCCAGAAUUACCACCGAACAUUCAUUGGGGAGAGUUGCGGAAUGUGGCAACCGGUUCGUGUUUGGACACUAUGGGUCAUGCGCCCCCAAGUAUGAUGGCUACUUCCCACUGCCAUGGAUUUGGAAAUAAUCAGCUCAUAAGGCUGAAUGCAAAGGGUCAGUUAGGUAUUGGAGAAAGAUGCGUUGAAGCGGACGGACAGGGUAUAAAGUACGCAUUUUGUCGUCUAGGGACUGUAGACGGUCCAUGGCAAUAUGACGAAAAAACGAAAACUUUGUUACAUAGAGUGCACAAGAAAUGCAUGGCACUUCAUCCCCAGAUUCAACAGUUGUCUCUGAUGCCGUGUGAUAUGAAUAAUGCUUAUCAUCAAUGGAGCUUCCAUCAAAUCCAUCCGCGAUGGUAACAAUGAUGGAAAAGGGGAAGUAAAAUUUUGUCUACUAAUUGUAAAUUAUUCGAAAGAUUGUGCAAUUCGCGAAAAGUGUACAACUCAUUUUUAGUGUAAUGUACAGGACACUAAUUUUUUAUUAAUGAUUAAUAUAAACGAAACUUUGUAUACUGACAUUCAAGCAUUGGAUAACCAUUUAGGUCUGGAUUAUAAAUUAAUGAAGAUGUAGGGAAACGAUAUGUUUUAUUACAGUUUAGAAAAGGAAAAUUUCAUAUUCAAGUUAUGAAAAUGAUUCUUUAAAUAUCUGUUUCUAGCAGUGGAUUAAGACUGUACCUAGAAUGUUGCGAUCUUCGUAGCGAGAUUUUAUCUAUCUUGCGUACUGUUUCUUCCUUGCAUGGUAAAACGUCCUGUGGCGAAAAUAUUAUAUAAAUAUUUACACAUAUAAAAGAGAUACGCAUAUGUGUGAGAAAAAGU